ACUUGAAUGCGAAGCUCUCUGGAUUCUCACUACCUGACAUGCAAAAUCAGUGGAUGACCAGUUAAAAUGGUGCACAGUCAACACAGGUGUGUUCCAGUCAAAACACUGUCCUCCUAACACCACACCUCUCACUACGCCAACCCGCCCUAAACCUUCUCCAUUCGUCCAAGAGCAUCUGUGAUUUUCUAGGAUGCAAUAUUUUGCAGUCUGUCAUUAGCUGAGGUGUGAAUGUAAGGGCCAAGUUGAUUAAUGCUGCAGAAGAAAAUCAUCCAAAUAGAAUAGAGGUUAGGGGUGAGAAAAGGGAAGAAGAGGAAUCAGACUAAGAGCAUACAAAAAUGCCAAGAUCCUUCCUUGUUAAAAAGAAGCGUGGAGCAUGUGGAGCAUGGCAAUGGAAAGAAACCCAGUUGCAUGAAUGGGGGGAAGACAAAGCAGCAGUGAAUGAAAAGGUUACUGACACACGGACUCAACAGCCAGCAGGAAACCUAGUGUGUGAGGUAGCAGCAGGAAUGGCAGUGUCUGCAGCUUUGGCUGGUUCUGGACCACAGGCUGACAGCAGGCCAGCGUGGUCCACACUGGUGCUGGAUGGAUCCUUCUUCCCUCCAAGAACACUGUCGCUGGUUAGCAGAACAAAGCCCCGUCCCCGCACUUCCUCAGGAUCAGGAGACUUCGUAUGCUCAGUGUGCCACAAGAUAUUUCCCUUACAACGUAUGUUGACCCGGCACCUGAAGUGCCACAGCCUGGUGAAGAGACAUCCCUGUAGAUUCUGCGGCAAAGGAUUCAACGAUACCUUUGACCUUAAAAGGCAUAUGCGAACUCACACAGGAAUCCGUCCUUACAAGUGUGAGCUGUGUGAAAAAGCCUUCACACAGCGGUGCUCCCUGGAGUCCCAUAUGAGGAAGAUUCACGGUGUCCACCAGCAGUACGCCUACCGCCAGAGACGCUCUAAGAUCUUUGUUUGUGAGGACUGUGGCUACACGUCCAGCCGCCCUGAUGAGUACUUCCUACACGUCCGACAGUGCCACCCUGGGAGUCCCGCCCUGCGGAGGUACUAUCGUCGCCAGGCCCAUGAGAACAGCAGCUUUGCAUCUGUAGACUGUAAACUCAACCCCUAUGUGCUGUACUCAAAUCCUUCAUACUAUAUGUAGGGUUUACUCUCAGUAUCAAAUGUGCUAUUAUUGUUGCAGCUCUAAAAAAUAAAUCCUUUUGACUUUUGUUUUUUAGAAACAGCUUUUGAUCAUCUACUUUAAUACAUGUUUAUUUGACUUUUCUUUGUAUCUUGCUGUGCUAAAAUAAAAAUUAAAGAUUCAAACAAAC